AGCCUAAAGUGGAGCUCAGUUAUGACCGUAUGUACACAGUGACCAGCCGGCUGACCUUCACCGUCAGCAGAGAAGAUGACGGAGUCCCACUGCGCUGCAUCAUCGAUCACCCAGCGGUUAAGGACUUCCAGGCCCAGAAGUACCUGGAGGUGCAGUACAAACCAGAGGUGAAAAUCGUGGUUGAAUUUCCUCAGGGUCUGACCAGAGAAGGGAGAGAACCUGGAACUGACCUGUCAGGCCAAAGGAAAACCAGAACCUCACAGAGUUAACUGGGUGAAGGUGGACGAUGACGUUCCGUCUCACGCCGUCAUCACCGGAGGAGAUCUGUACAUCGAGAACCUGAACAAGUCCUACAACGGAACCUACCGCUGCCUAGCAACCAACGCAGUGGGAGAGUCCUACGACGACUACAUCCUUUAUGUCUACGGUAC